AUAUAACCUUUAUUUUCAUACUAUUAAUGUUUUUAAUUUUUAAUAUAGUUAUAUUAUGGAGAUAGUAAACAGUAACUGUGCAUCUUUAAGUAAUUAUGAAGUAUUCAAACAUCUACAAAAAAUUAAAGACGGCAAAAAGAAACAUAAAGGACAACUAGCAACAAUUACUUACGAAACUCUAAGAUACUUGGAAACUACACAUAUAAAUGAUCAAUCUCCGGAUAGUAUUAAGAAUUGUAUGAAGGAUUUAGCUGCUUUUAAUCUUAGUAAAACUGAGCUACUAAUGAUUAUUAAUUCACCUCCGAGUACAGCUAUAGACAUACAAUUGAUGGUAGAAGAAAGUGAAGAAAGAUUAACAGAAGAACAAGUCCAAGAUAUAUUAGAAAUUGUAGCAAAGCACUUUCCUUAUGUCGUCAAGGAAAAAGUAGAGGAAGAUAAUGAAGAAGAAUUGGAAUAAAUAACAU